AAACGUCCUUUCUUAUCCCUUGUCUAUCUCAUUUAGUGCCUUUUUUUUUGUGUUAAUUUUAGCAAACAAAUAUUAAGAAAGCAAAAUGUCACAAGAUUCAACCGCAACUUGUAUUGAAAUCCUGGUUGCAAUUCUUUUACCACCUCUCGGUGUUUUCCUCAAGUUCGGAUGUAAGGCAGAGUUCUGGAUAUGCUUGGUGUUGACUUUUUUCUUUUGGAUCCCAGGAAUCAUCUACGCUAUUUAUGCUAUUACAAAAUGAUCGUUCUAUUUCAUUAACUUGUGAUUAAUUGAAAUAUGAAGUUUUUAGGGUACCUUUAAUAUCAUCCACGAUGAUUGAUUUAUUGGUUCAUAUGUAAUAAAUACUAAACUUUUGUACUUUGUGCUCAAUGUAUUUCAUGAUUUUAUCUAAUUGAAUUUGGCUUAUUAGUAAUUAAGCGUACAACACUGAA